UCGAUGUCUUCUUCUUCUUACCUCUCCAAUUCGUAUAAUUCUUGAUUUAACCCUCUAAAUUCUUCUAUCUAUCCAAAAUCAUCUCUAUCCUUAGAGACCCAAACUGUUCCUGAUUAUCCAAUUUGUAGUGGGUUCACUACAAUUGGUAUCAGAGCAGUCGAUUCUCGGACUGCUAACAUGGCUGAUGCGAUGGAUGAAGUCUCACAACUAGAAGAAAAAAUUUCUAUGAAACGAAAUUAUUAUUUCAAGUUGCUAUGGGAAAAUCAGAACAAGUCUUCACCGGAGUCUGAUUUAGCUUUUAAUGAUUAUUUCUAUGCUACGUGGAGAAAGUAUUCUAACAGAUCGACACCAAGAUUCGACGAUGAGAUCGGUGGCGUAGCUAUUGAUUCGCAGGUAGAAACUGAUGUUGAGAAAGUUGAGUCCAUGACUAAAGAUAGCUAUGAUUUAAUUGGAGCUGAAGUCUCAGAUUCUGCUGCAACAAUAAAUUGCACUCACAGAUCUGGUGAAUUAGAGUUGAAGAUGACCAAGAAUGAAAUUGACGUCGAAUUGAAAUCAUUUUCACUUGACUCAGUUGAUUCAAGUUCAGAAACAAUAUUAUCUCAAAAUCCUUCAACUCCUAGUGCAACAUAUGAAGGUAAAUUUCAAUCUAGUUUUAAAGUUGUUCUCUCUGUAACCGAUGGAUAUAGUGCUACUAAUGAAGUUCAUGAACACAGGGAGAAAUCGAAUUUCCUAGAUUAUCAAGAGGGUAAACCCUUCGCUCCUGAACAUAAUUAUCUUAAUAUUGUUUUGAACUCUCAAGUUGGAAAGGUUACAAAUGCUGAGGUGAAGGAUUUCAAAUUCAUUAAGGGGUUUUCUUAUUUGGUUGGAGUUUAUAAAUUUGGUUUUAAUACAACUACUUCAUGUCUGUUUGCUUGUAAGGGGUUGGAAUUCAUGGAUGCUUAUAAUGGUAAAUCUGCUUAUGAACUGAAUUUUGAAAUGGGUUACCAUUUAGAUCCGUUGUUUGGGAUUUCGAAUUUGUUGGAGUCUGUUAAAAAUAGAUACAAGCUUGAUUCCAGCAAGCUAUUUAAUAAAAUUCCAGAGAAGGGUAAUGUGCUUUACAUUAAAUUGAUACUUCCUGUGACAAGGGGCAGUGAGUCUGGCAAUGCCUGUGAACCAAUUCUUCAAGUUCAUCUUAACAGUAGAUGAAGUUCCAGGGGCAAUAAAGGUUCUCCAAGGUUACAGCUAAUCAAUGGUUUACUCAAAAUGCCUGCUGAGAGUGUAGCCAGGAGUUUGAGUUAUGACGGAGAUGAUUUUCUUUCGAAACUUCAAAGAGUGAGGGUGAAGACUGCGACACUUGCAAGUUGUUUGAUCCUGGUAGACAUAAUUCUCACCGAAAUAAAGGUUUUGUGAUUCUCUUAACUCGGUGGAAGUGAUCGUAAUAAUUUCUUGAGUCUUCCGGGGAGUUGUAAGGGAAUGGAUUUCUAUGAAGGAAGAGAAGAAAUCCAGGAGAUGCUUGUAGUAGUUAACGGUGUGGGAGCAGGAUACUUGCGCUUUUGAAGGACGUGAUUAUGAGAAAUGUCAACAGUGAUAUGCCACUACUGUACAGGCACUUGGAAGAUGGUGGAGCAUGUGGUUAUCACCUACCUAAAGGAGCUGAUAUGUCAGCAAAUACAUUAUUUUCUCUAGUAGUUACACUCUCGAAUUCAACUGCUGAUUUUCUUACGGUGAUUCCAGUUCAUGACUCCGGUUCUUUAGUGUGGAUGUGGAGUUUAACUGGUGCCUUAUAUUUAUCUGAUUAUUUGUAUUAUCCUUGCUCCGUAUUUGAUCGUGGGAAGUGGCUUGCUAAGUCAAGUUUUAGGAAUGAUAAUGAAAAUUUUGUAUACAGACUGGAUUUUAGACUGGGGUGUUUCUCAUAAUUUCUAUUUAGGUAUCUGAUUGUGUUGAUGUUGGCCAACAAUGGGGAUAGUGGUGUUGGUUUUGAUCAAUUUCUUACAGCUUAUAUGCCAACAAAUCCGUUCUUAUACCAACUGACUGGGGACACGACUUCAACUGGUAAUUUUAUAUUGUUCCAUUACCAUCCUCUUAUGAUGCCUCCUUCGUUAAUUAGAAGUUAUCUCAGACUUUUAAGAAGGGCGUUAUGUUUGCAUUAUCGGAUACUUGCACCUGUUAUCUAUGGAGUUCCUACUAUUCUAGAGGAAGUUGAGAUGGUAAUUUUAUACUCCACUAUUUUCGAUAUUCUGUCUUUUUGUUAUGCUUUACAUGAACCUGUGUGCUGUUAUCCACCGUUGUGGGUUCUAUCAAGUUGAAAUUAUUCGCAAGAGUGAUGGGAACUCAGUCCACACUCACCAUGCUUUACAUUUCGUAUGUUUUAAGGUUAAUAGCCCUAUUGAAGUGGAAAUUCAGAUUAAGUUCAACGAGUUUAUGGAGUACAAGAAUUAAUAAUAGUUCUGUUAUAUGGAUUGUCAUCGAGCUACCUGGAAAAUCUGUUUCUCUGAGUUGUGUUCGUUUAUUGUUUGAUAGAGGAAAGAUGCAUGAACCCAUGUUAGGGAAAUCUAAUUCUGAGAGUUUUGGUGUUGCUAACUGGAUUACAUUUCAGAAUACAUAUGUGAAUGAGCUAAUGUUGUUGGUUUCUUUGUGGUGGAAAUCUGCGCAUAUCAUACUUCCACCACCAUAUGAGCGGAGAUAUAAUAUAUAUAUUCGUAUGUUGUUUGAUCGAGGUAAGAGGUGUGUACAUGGAUUAUUAGCAAGCUACUUGGUAAGUUUUGGGGCAACUAGUUCAACAGUGUUACCGAAUGCUAAGAAUCUUUUGAGCUCGACACAACUCCUUGCAAGUAUGAAGUGGAUUCAGUCCAUGCUCACUGUGCUUCGUGUUUCAAAACUGUGGAUGAUUGUAGCCUUUAUUUGGUGGAAAAUUGAAUUAUUUUCUACAGGUUGUUAGUGCAUUGCUCGG